CGCCGCGUUAUGCUCAACAGUCUAAUGGGUCAAAGACUGACACACAAUGACUCGACAGCCAGUUAAGGUAACCUAUGCACACAAGCGGGGACGUCCAAAUGCUGCUGCGAAGCUCUUGUCUUCUCCACUUGAAGCCCUUCCACCUGAUCGUGACGAUAUUACGCGCUCAGAGAUGUCUAGGCGAAUGCUUAAGCGCUCUCGGGGUGUCACUAACGAAGAUGACGACACAUUGCGACUAAAGGGUCAUAUCGUGAAACGUGCCAGGCAAACUGUCGUGUCAGAUGCUCCAGGAGCAGAAGCUGAUGUCGACGCGUUCCAAACACCAUUUCCUUCUGCGGAGUACGUUCAUUCAUCUUCAGUUACGCGUCCGCUGGUGCCAGAAGAGUUUUCCCCCGUACCGAAUGUCAAAAGUACUCUUUCGCGCACGAGCUCGCGAAAAUUGAAGGAGAAUAGUACAUCCCUUUCCCUUGCAUCACCUUUCCACAGCCGUCCCUCCUCCCCUCACACUGGCUCCACAACCAAAGCGAAGGCGCGAUCGUCUCGCAUCCCCCUGCAUUUGAAGUCUCGCACGCUUUCCGGUGCCUUUCAGAAAAAUGAUAGUGCACAUACUCGCCGCAAAAUCUCGCACAAAGACUCAACCAUAUCCCUGAAUGACAGGAAGCUUUCCCGUAAAGACUCCAUGAUAUCCCUCGAUUAUACUAGACUAUCCCGCAAGAACUCUACGGUAUCUCUCAAUGAGCUGGCCAGAUACUCGCCUUCGAAGCAUCAACGUCGUCCCUCGAGCCCAGAUCCCUCGUAUAUGCUAUCUCAUAUCGCACAGCAGGAUUGGAUCUCUCCAUCCAAAGCACUUACAAUCCACACAGGUAUCUGUGAACCAGAUCCGAAUUCGAUUACCCAGCCCAAUCCGAUUCAAAGUUUGUCUGCAUCACCCUUUCUUGUUGAUCGUCCCCAGUUCUUUUCCACCCCGCCGCAUAGCCGCUCUGGCAGCAGGACAGGCCUCCAAGCGCCGAAAUCUCCUUCAAAUCUAGCCUUCCUUGCGCCUUCCCCACGCCUUCCGCGCGACGAGGACUUUGAAAUGGCAGAUCAUACCGAGCACCGCAAGAUCCGCAUCUCAGCCAAUAGCAUUAUCUCGUCCUCUGGCUCGUUCACGCUUAGGUCUCACCAAAUUUCCAAUGCAAUCGACGUUGAUGAUCGUAUCGAUAGUGCUGGCAGUGCAUCUAUGUCUAUGUCUAUUGACAUACUUCCUCAGAAGACCUCAAUGGGCGAAUACAUGAUUCCUCUGGCGUCUUCUCCACCGGCUUUGGACACUAAUCUCGGACCACAGCACAAGGUCUCACUAGGUCAGAAUAUCUUAGCGCUUCCUGGCUCAAGUCCGCCGGUGCCCGAUGAAUCAAGUUCGCCCGCUCCGGACUACCCAGGUUCCUCCGCGAGAAACGCAUCAGCUAAUUUGCCUCCCCUUGGCGCGCCAAGCGAAGCAGACCUGAUCCAAGAUAUGCUAUCACUUGAUUUGGGUGAUAGACACGAUGAUGGUACUCAGCUCCCGAUGCGUACCCGUUCCCUCGAGACCCUCGCCAGCGUCAGCUCCAAGAAAACAAGCACCGUCAAGCACAAGAGGAACCGCGCCGGUACCAUCCGCGCAUCUGACUUCACACAGACCGCUUCCUCUUGUUCUAGUGGCUCCACACUGACCUCCCUCGCUUCGACUAUCGCCGGGCCUGCUGGUUCUCUGCCUGGCCGCACGCGCUCCGGUACAGUCGUCGGCCCCAACUCGAAACUCGCGAUACGGCCACACGCGAAGGGAGCCAUGAGGAAACAGUCCUUGAUGCAGCUAAAACUACAUGAUGCCCACAGUAGACCGGGGGAUGACAUGGACAUUUUUAGGGUGCACGAGGACGUGGGCCCGUGUGGCACCGAAGAGCUCGGCUCUGUUGGCUUGAUGCAGAGGCUGAAAGGCAGGAGAGGGAAGAAGAAGGUCAUGCAUGAUGAAAUUGUGUCAGAUGAUCCGUUGCUUAUCACUGGUCCGUGGAGGGAUGAAGAUUGGUCUUAAGGUGAAAGGGUGUGACGCUUGUUUUUGAAAUUGACUCAUUUACCCUUGCAAGUUCUCUUUCACUAAGGCACUGUCAAAAUGCUGUUUGUUUUCCUCGUAUUUUUAUUGUUGCACUGUGCAUUCACCUCAUGGACUUCGUCGGACUUGGGAUAGUUUGUACAAUACCUGCUUUGCACCCUCAUCAUGAACUCUGCAUGUAAUUGUAUGCCAGUAUACCGUGACCAUCACAAUAUCGAUCCUACCACGAGUCAACACUACCAGCU